UGCGGUGUAAGAUUAGAGGAAGGUUUGCAAUGCAAGCUUCAGACUGGUUGUUGCCGCGCCGCCCACACCCACCCGCCCCGCCCCGCCCCGCCCGUCGUUCCUCUCUUCCCCUUCUACCUCGCGCCGACACGAGUGGAUCUGCUGCUCGUGGAGCUCCCUGCCGCGCCCUCUUGUGUGGAGCUUCCGCCCUUGGAGUAAGCGCUUCCCUCCGGCCUCCAUCGAGCUUCCCUCCCCUUCGCAUUCGUAGAUCCCGGAGAUCAGGCGGCGGGCAGGAAGACCACACCCGGCGUGUCUCUAGCCGCGGACCACGUGGCGGCGGACAUGUUGCUUCCGGCUCCACUGGCGCCAAAUACAGCGCCCAACAAGCAACCCUCCUCCGUGCUGCCGCCGAGCAAACCCUCGCUAGCGUGCCGCGAUAAGUUGCGCGCGGUGGCGCACAAGUUAGCUGAGCAACCUGUUCAUGGCACCGAGCCCGGGGCCUGGGGAGUCCUCACAGCCAUCUCCGAGAAGGCCCGUCUCCUGCCGCAGGGAACGGAUAUUCCAUUAUGUGCCGAUGAGCACUGCUUUGGCCGCACAGUCCAUGAUCACCGUUUCAGGAUUUCUGAUAUAUUGGUCAGCUCAUGCCAUUGCAAGAUAUAUAUGGACACCGUGUUGAAGGAGUUGAACCCCAAUGGGCCUUCACCCAUUUUUCUCAAGGACACAAGCACAAAUGGCACAUACAUCAAUUGGAAAAGGUUUAGAAAAUCUUCAGCUCCAGCCAAGCUUACUCAGGGGGACAUUAUAUCAUUUCCAUAUGUUGCCCAUGACGAAGCUUCCUACACAUUUGUCUACCGUGAGGUUACUGAAAUCCACUCAGAAGAGAAUGGAACAGCCACUAAAAGAAAAUUUGGUGAUGGAAUGUGCUGCCUUAUGUUUUGUUGUCGCAUUACAACUAUAUGUUACAAGUUCAGUUUUUUUUUACAAAUAUUUGUAUCUGACUCUACAGGUGAGGUUGGUUCUGAAAACAAGAUGCUAGAGGACACUAUGGUUGGUUCUGCUGAUGGUCCUGUUUCGCUAGAUGUUAGAAGACCGCAAAAAACUAGAAAGGGUCCCAAGGAACAACUUGCAUCACAUUUUGCCAUGAUCAAGGAAUUGAGGACUGAAAUAAAAUUGGCUCAUGUGCGGCAUGAAAAGGAAGUGAAGGAGUUAAAAGAUACCAUAGCGAGUUCACAGCUAGCUCUAGUGGGGAAUCAAAAACGAUUUGAUUUGGUUAGUGAAUUAAAUAUGGAGUUAAAAGGUACGAUAAAGUAUCUUGGGGAGAGGCUCGAUGCAUCUGAUAAAUCGCAAGCUGAAGCUGGCAACACAAUUAAUAGGCUGAAGUUUAACAUAUGUAAGCUUGAGGCGCAGUUACAAGAGGAGAGGAACUUGAGAAUGGAGUAUGAUAAGUCUUCAGAAGACUUAAAAUGUUCAUGCCAGGAAUAGAAAGAAGUUAUUAGCAAGCUUCAGGUUUUACUUUUCUCUAAUGAUUCUAUUCCGUUUUUUAUGCUUUGUUGAUGAUUUCUGAGAUUCUUUGCUGUUAUGUUCAGUUUAUAUUGAUUUUUCCCCCCUAGCGCAGGAUAAAACUACCUGCACAUAUUACGCUUUUGAACUGCUUUACAGAGAGGAGCUGAAAAAGCUAGAGAAAAAAAAGAAACAAAUAGAUUAGUUUGAUUCUUCAUCGGCAUUGGAGGGCAAUUCCAGCAAGGUGGAGACUGAGAUAGGUGAUCUGAAUGCAAAUACCAGCAUCCUAAAAGCUGAGAUAGCUGAACUGAAGGCCAUUGCCAGCAAUCUAAAACUCAGAUAGGUGCUUUGAAGACAAAUACCUGCAUGCUGAUGAGCUUUGAGUAGCUUCUGAAAGUGAUGCACCUUGUGACUUUGGUGCUUUGUCUCUAUGUCGUCUUGUUUUUCAAGCAUUAAGGUUUUUCGGUUCUGAGCUUAUGAUGGCCGUAUUAGACAUGGAUGAUGGUGUGGCAUGGCCUUGGUAUCGCUUGGUGUUCCCAUGCGAUGGCUACUUGUGUAUCAGUCCAAUUGGUGGUGACUACGCAAUGUGUCUAUCCGUCUCAGCUUCUACCAGGCGUUGGCAA